AGCCACGCCCCUAUGUUCAGGGAACACCGCUUCAUACAUACACUGUUGUUAGCGACGUAGCCUCUUACGAACUAUUUCAUUUUUUGACAUUUUCCAUUUGCGACCACCUCUCCAAACUUCACUUUUUGUCACGGCCCCGUGAAUGCACAAGUAGCGGUCUCCUGAUCGGGCUCUGGUACACCGGUGUGACUAAUCGUUGCUGGCGGUAGUCCUGCGAGCCCCUUUGAGUAUGUUUAUACAAUGAAGAGGCGUGUGGAGGACCAGGAACCAAUAUUUGCGCCCCAGCAACAGCAAUCACGCCGCCCCCCAGUUCAAGGAAUAGCAGACAGCUUCCAGCACCGGGCCCUUGCCCCGGCCCAGACUGUGAUAGAGGCAGCUGCAGACAACAUGCAGCCAUCCACUGGAAUCCAGUAUUCCCUCCCCCAAGGCUACCAGGUAAUGGUGCCGACGAUGCCUCAGAGCACAAGUGGACAUGCACACGGACACAACAACACUGCACCUCAUGUUGGUCCCCAUGCACACAGCCUGGCAGUUCAGUCCCAGGGUCCUGCAGUGGUCCAAGGACACGUCCAUCCAUCAGCACCCAUGACUUCAACCCAAGGACAACAGCAGUUUCAGCGGCUAAAGGUUGAAGACGCCUUGUCCUAUCUGGAUCAAGUGAAGCUUCAGUUUGGAAACCAGCCGCAAGUUUAUAAUGAUUUCCUUGAUAUUAUGAAGGAGUUCAAGUCCCAGAGCAUAGACACUCCUGGAGUAAUCAACCGUGUGUCCCAGCUCUUCAAGGGCCACCCAGACCUCAUCAUGGGUUUUAAUACUUUCUUGCCACCUGGAUAUAAGAUUGAGGUUCAAACCAACGAUCUAGUCAAUGUGACCACACCAGGUCAGAUCCACUACAUCACCCCGCAUGGGAUUUCUGUUCAGAACCUUCCUGUAAGCGGAGCAUCCAGCCAGCCUGUGAGCCACCAGCAGCACCCGAGUCUGCCACAGGCCGGCACACAAACUACCACCACCGCAGUUCCACCCGUCUCCGCCCAACCCGCUCCGAAUAAAACCAGCAAGCCAAUUCAGUCUCCAGCUCACACACCCACCAGCCAGCCAAACCCAUCCAUCCCAUCCUACGCCUCACCGCGCUCACCCUCGGUCCAGUCCCACACUCCCGUGAGCAGCACGCCGUCCGGUGCACCACCUCUCCAGAACAACCAGCCUGUUGAGUUCAACCACGCUAUCAAUUACGUCAAUAAGAUUAAGAACCGUUUCCAGGGUCAGCCAGACAUCUACAAGGCCUUCCUGGAAAUCUUGCACACAUACCAGAAAGAACAAAGAAAUGCUAAAGAGGCAGGAGGAAACUACACCCCAGCCCUGACUGAGCAGGAGGUCUACACUCAGGUGGCAAGACUCUUUAAGAACCAAGAAGAUCUGCUCUCAGAGUUUGGACAGUUCCUCCCCGAUGCAAACAGCUCAAUGUUCUCUUCUCAGCUGCUGGGCAAAACCACCCCGGACAGGGCAGAUUCUGUACGUAACGACCAUGGCGGCACAGUGAAGAGACCCUUACUGAACAACAAACAGAGGCUGAGUCAGAACGGACUGCCAAUCAGAAGACCCGGUGGAGUGGGAGCCACGCCCCCUAUCAAGAAGAAACCCAAAAUAAUGGGGAAGGACCACGGCUUGACUGAUGUCAGCAAACACAGCACCAGCACUGAAACCAUGUUCUUUGAAAAGGUGAAGAAGGCUCUUCGGAGCUCUGAGGCUUACGACAACUUCCUGCGGUGUCUUCACAUUUUCAACCAGGAAGUAAUCUCGCGUGCCGAGCUGGUCCAGUUGGUCAUCCCAUUUCUUGGAAAAUUUCCGGAGCUUUUUACGUGGUUUAAAAACUUCCUGGGCUACAGAGAGUCUUUUCACGGGGAGUCGAGCCAUGCAGAGAGUUUACCUAAAGAGCGUGCAACGGAGGGCAUUGCCAUGGAGAUUGACUAUGCCUCCUGUAAGAGGCUGGGGUCCAGCUAUAGAGCACUGCCCAAGAGCUACCAGCAACCCAAGUGCACAGGAAGGACGCCGCUGUGCAGAGAGGUUUUGAACGACACCUGGGUGUCAUUUCCAUCAUGGUCUGAGGAUUCUACAUUUGUGAGCUCCAAAAAGACUCAAUAUGAGGAGCACAUUUACAGAUGUGAGGAUGAGCGCUUUGAGCUGGAUGUUGUGUUGGAAGCCAACCUGGCCACGAUACGAGCCCUGGAGACGGUGCAGCGGAGGCUUUCUCGCAUGUCAGCUGAGGAGCAGCUGCGCUUCAAGCUGGACAACACAAUGGGCGGCUCCUCAGAGGUCAUUCAUCGCAAAGCUAUCCAGAGGAUAUAUGGAGACAAAGCCCACGACAUCAUCGAUGGGCUCAAGAGGAACCCAGCUGUGUCCGUCCCCAUAGUGCUGAAAAGAUUAAAAAUGAAGGAGGAGGAGUGGAGAGAAGCUCAGAGAGGCUUCAACAAAAUCUGGCGGGAGCAGAAUGAAAAGUAUUACCUGAAAUCCCUCGACCAUCAAGGCAUCAACUUCAAGCAGAAUGACACCAAAGUGUUGCGCUCAAAGACGUUACUGAAUGAAAUAGAGAUGCUCUACGACGAUCGACAGGAGCGAGCAUCAGAGGAAGCUGCCACGCCCCCACCAAGCGGCCCACACAUGACUGUGACCUACGAGGACAGCCAAAUCCUGGAGGACGCCGCUGCUCUGAUCAUCCACCAUGUCAAGAGACAGGUGGGCAUCCAGAAAGAAGACAAGUACAAGAUCAAGCAGAUCAUCCACCACUUUAUCCCUGACCUGCUGUUUGCAAGGCGAGGUGAGCUCUCCGAUGUGGAGGAGGAGGAGGAUGAGGAGGAAGACGACAUGGAGAUGGAUCAAGAUGCCCCCAAGAAGCAUAACGGCCUGCCAGGCAGCAGCCCGACAAAGUCCAAACUCCUCUUCAGUAACACGGCGGCUCAGAAGCUGCGGGGCACAGAUGAGGCCUACAACAUGUUCUAUGUGAACAAUUAUUGGUACAUCUUCCUUCGUCUUCACCACAUCCUUUGUUCUCGUCUGCUGCGGAUCUACGGGCAAGCGGAGAAGCAGAUAGAGGAGGACGGCCGAGAGAGAGAUUGGGAAAGAGAGGUGUUGGGGGUCAAAAGGGAGAAAAAUGAAAAUCCAGCAAUCCAACUAAAAAUGAAAGAGCCCAUGGACGUUGAUGUCGAGGACUACUACUCUGUGUUUCUGGAAAUGGUGCGUAAUCUUCUGGAUGGAAACAUGGAGCCGAUUCAGUACGAGGACUCUCUGAGGGAAAUGUUUACUAUUCACGCCUACAUUGCCUUCACCAUGGACAAACUCAUCCAGAGCAUUGUCCGGCAGCUCCAGCACCUUGUGACCGACGAUGUCUGUUCUCGUGUUACCGACAUGUACCUGAGUGAAAGUGCCAAUAAAGCCACUGGGGGCACACUGUCCACGCAGACGUCCAGGGCCACAGCAGAAGGGGCCUACCAGCGCAAAGCAGAGCAGCUCAUGUCCGAUGAGAACUGCUUUAAGUUGAUGUUCCUAAAGAGCAGAGGAUCCAUCAGUCUGGCCAUGGAGCUGCUGGACACAGAGGAGGAGAACUCUGAUGAGCCAGCGGAGGCAGAGAGGUGGUCCGACUACGUGGGCAGAUACCUGAACUCGGAUUCUGCAUCCCCAGAGCUACGGGAGCAUCUUGCCCAGAAGCCGGUGUUCCUGCCCAGGAAUCUGCGGCAGAUAAGAAAGUGCCAGAGAGGAUGGGAGCGACUGCAAAAAGACAGGUUGACCAAGGGCCCCUCUGACAAGUCUCAGGACGGCAGCAGCGAGCUAAAGGUGGAGUGCAUGUUCAAACUCAACUCCUACAAGAUGGUCUACGUGUGCAAGUCAGAGGACUACAUGUACAGGCACACAGCGCUCACACGAGCUCACCAGUCCCACCAGCGGGUCCACACACGUCUGCACAGGCGCUUUCAGGUCUGGCUGGACUCUUGGGCCAAGGAGCAUGUGACCAGCGACAUGGCUGCCGCCAACCGUAGGUGGUUCAUGGGAGAAGAUCAAGAAACCUUGUUGCCCUGCACCACCACCUGCAACCCGGCUGUCCUCCACUAUCUCAACGUGAACAAGUACCGGGUGAAGUACCGAACACUGUAGUCUCUCUCUCUCUCUCUCUAAUGGAAAGAUGAACUGUCUUUACACGACAAACUGCCAGUGAUGACUUCACAUACACGGUGGCUUCAUUUGGAUUCUCAAACCUGCUGUUACUGGAUUCACUUGCCAAAAUGUUUGGGUCAUCAAUCAACACAUUUCCCCAACUUCUGCGAAUGUUAGAAAACUGAUUCAGGAACUUUGUCCUAACUAUCGAGCUCAAAGUGCAAAAUUUGCGACAUAUGACCGAUAGAUGUUUUCUAUAUUAACAGUACCAACUUGUCUCAGUAAUCUCAUUAUUUUAUGUAUAUUAAGCACAGAUUUUUACACCGUAUACAAAGAAGCACUCCUUCACUGUGGAUUAGUACCAAUUUUAAACAACACAAAAACUACAACUCGGCAACUUAACUAUAAAAAAGUGUAUUCCUUUUUCGGACCAGCUCAUUAUUUAACAUGAAAUACAAACAAACGCCUCAGGUUUUUGUCUCUACCAAGAACAACCUGUUACUGCAGUCACCAGAUGAAUGGUUAGAUUGGAGAGGAAUCUGGCUCCCAGCUGUAAACGUCUUUAGCCUGUGAAUGUUCUGCUUCUCGGUGUUAAAGGUGCAAUAAGGCACGAUAUAAUAUACAGUAAUUUAUGACCUGCCCAAACACCUUAUGUAAAUAUCUUGUUUAUAUCUAGAUUCUUUUUUCUUUUUUUUUUUAAAUCAGAUGUCAGUGAUGAGUAGCGUACAUUAAAACACAUAGUAUCGAUCUUAAAGUAGAGUCUGCAGAAAAGUUUAUUAAGAAAGUGUAACAUUUAAAGUUUUUUUUUUUUUUUUUUUUACCAAAGGAUGUUGAUAUGAGACCUUUUUUUUCCCUUUGUGGUCUGUCCAACGUGUUGUCCUUUACAUUUUAGAUUAGUUAAAAAAAGAAACGUUUUUAUCUGUGUUUAAACCUUUUUCUGAGCUUUUCUACUUUUAGUCUUUGGCAUCCGUUUCACUCGUGGUUUUAAGAUGAUUGAAUGUAGCUGAGCAGCGAUUUCUCCUUUUUUUUCCCUUUUUUAAAAAAAAAGUACAGUUGAUGUCUGUUUUUCAAAGUACUGGAGUCUUUACAGUACGGCCACCUUUACCCGUAUGGAAACUUGACCAAAAUGGUUAGAAUCUGUGCGACAGGUUCAGUGCUCACUCAGUGUAUCAACUAUACAAAGUGUACAGCCGCUGUGUUUGUUUCUCAUGUGCGGUGUUAACAACAAACACCGACUGGUGUAUAGUGUGUCUAUACGUGAAUGUCAGCUAUGUGACUUGUGUACAGUUUGAAGGAUUUACAAAACAAGCAAAGCAAUAAGUCCAUCUGUCGUAGUUAAUCAAAGCUAUUAGUUUGUAUUUCUUUGUGAGAUACAAAUGUGAAUGUUGUAUUCCCUUCAAAGAGGGAUGUAAAUAAGCAUUUUUAUGCCUUUCCCGCUCUGCAGUUUUGUUUCCAUGAGCCUCAAACGGGCUCAGUAGAUAUCCAGGAAAAAGUCUGAUAUAAUAAACAUAACUAUCACAUUGAAUGCUGAAAUGUUUCACAGAGGAAAACCACAAUUAAGCAAUUUAAUGUACCUUACAUUAACUUUUGAACAGCAGCCUGAUCCUUUCUCAUUUUAAAUUUGGAUACUAACAUGAGCAGGAUAGAAGCAAACACACCAAUUGUCCAACAUGGAGGUGAAGAAAGAGAGAAAAAAAAACAGAAUCCAUCCUUCCAACAAAGUCCACAUCUCUUAAAAGCGAUGGUAAGUAACAUAAGCAGCUACAGACAAUCUUGGAACAGUGUAUGUCCUGGGUUUUUAUUUUUCUAUUUCCUGUUUAAUACAGAACAACACAGGAAGUCCUGCAGAGCUGGUUGUACAUAGAAAAACAUUGUUUGUACCUCGUUUUAUUUGUCUCUUCUCUUGACUUUUAUGAUGUUGUUCAUGAGUGUUAGUAUGGUAUUUGGCAUUAAAAUAUCCUUGGAAUAGACUGAAA